AUGGCCUUCUCGUUCAUCAAGCCCACCAGACACGACGUCUACCCGUUCAUCGACCCGCAAGAUGGCCUCAAAGGUGCAGCGGAUGGCAAAACUGUUCUUAUCACCGGAGCCGGGAGUGGUAUCGGACGACGUAUCGCGCAGUCGUUUGCUCUUGCUGGAGCUUCAAAGCUCAUCCUAGGCGCCAGGAGGGUGGAGAAGCUGGAAGAGACCCGCUCGAUCAUCCUCGAGUCAACGACAGAGUGCGAUAUCUCCAUCAUUCGCCUCGAUAUCGCAGACGAGGUGUCGGCCAAGGAACUCUUCGCUGGCUUGGACUCGCCCCCAGACGUCGUAGUGUCCAACGCUGCAGUGGCUUUAGCACAAGCGGACAUCGCAGCUUCAGACCCAGCGUUGGUGGCGCAAGAGAUCGACAUCAACGUCAAAGGCCCUUACCUCAUUGCCCGAUACUACGUCGAGGCCGUCAAUGCCGCCGAAACGACAGGCUGCUUGAUUCAUGUCUCCAGCGAGAGCUCCUGGAAGUUUAUCCCGAAUUGCUCGACUUACGGCUUCUCCAAAAUCGCCGGCAACCUCAUGAUUGAGUACUUGCAGCGGGAGGAAGAGCGUGGUGCUGCGAGAGUACGCUGCGUGGCGAUGCAUCCUGGUGGUGUGGUUACGGAGCUGGCUGGACGCGAGCUGCCGGAACAAAUUAAGAAGUUGUUGAUCGACCAGCCUGCCUUGCCGGGUGGGACGGCGGUGUAUUUGUCGACGGAGAGGGCGCGGUUCUUGUCGGGGCGGUAUGUGCCUGCGACUGCGGAUAUGGAGGAGCUUGAGAAGGAGAAGGGGAGGAUUGUGAGGGAAGACCUUCUGAAGACGAGAGUGGUUGGGUGGUUUGGCUCGUUGGGCGCUCUCGUCAUGAUCAUUUGGACAUUCUUGUCGUUCGUCUCGACCGCGCUGAAGGCCCACAGUGUUGCACCACCGCGGUCCUGUACCGCUUAG